AACAGAAGCCGGACCACAUAUGGACAGAACCAGAAGUUUCCGCUCAUAUUUUCCCGUCACCACUAUCUUAUAUAGGAGUUAAAGUCAUGCCAUAUCUCAUUCUUUCUUUGGCUCUUUAGGGUGUCUAAACAGAUGGACUUACAGAGAGCUUCUGCUCGUUCACAGGCAGGUCCUUCAGUAGACAUGACCCAGAGCACAGAGGAGGACACUUUGGUGGACGGACCACUGAUCUCUGCUGAUGCACUUCACUCUGCCAUCAGGAGAGAGUUUCAAACGUUGCCAACACAUCUUCAUGCUGGCUUGUUGUCUCUUCUGCAUAUUGUCUACGUUGUGUUGUCAAUAUGCGUGGCUGUUUUGUGUGUGCUGAAGUUUGGACAAGAGGAGAAGUGUAUGGACUUUCUGGGCAACGAACAAGGCAGCAGUAUCAUCGUGUACGCCAAGGUGUGUCUGUGGGUGCUGGUCCUGGUGUUCUCCCUCUGUGUGCACCGUCAUCACGAUAAAGUUCGUAGCAGAGGAUACCUGCAAUUUUACAGACAAACACGGCGGCUGAAACAUCUGCCAUUCGCAAUACACUCUUCAGGAAAUGCUCUGUUGUUGAUCGUUCUGUCAGCAAGACUUUCACAGACGAUGCUCACCUACAUCCUUCUCGGCAUUCUGGGGCUGGAGUUUUUGUUGACUUUCCCAUGUCUACUGCAUUACGCAGGUAAAGGCACAUCUCUUGUUAUAGUAACAUAUUUAAGAUGAUCACUUAAGUGCACAUACCUAGGAGCUUGUUUUAUAUAAAAUAUUAUAAUGCACUUUUAUGGUAUUAUGGCACACAAACAUUUUAUCUCAAGAAAGUUUAGUUACACAUAACAAAUUAUGAUUUUUAACUUAAUCUUAUAACAAUACACAAAUGCACAUCUGCUGAUACUCAGUCUCGUCUGGAAUUUAACAUGUGGUCCAUAAAGAAAAGUAAAUUAAUUUUUUUUCUUGUUGGUAAUGAGGAUGUCGCAAGAUUCUGUUGUAAGAACGAAGAGUUAAAUUAAGAACUGCCAUAGUUUGGAAGCACAAACACUGAGAUAUGUUAUUCAAAUGUUUACAAUACAUUUGCAGAUAAAAAAUAAAGUAUUAAUUGAGGAAGACGGGUUAAAAGAGUGUGUCCUAAUAUGAACCCCCAGCAGUGUAAGCAUGUUGCAGCAUAACUAAUAGCAAUGCUCUGGGUCACUUAAAAACACAAAGGUUCUUGCCAAUGGAAAGGCUUAGUGCAAGGUUAAGGGCUAAUGAAGAUAUUUUUAGGGAUCUCACCAUCAUAAUUCAAAGGGGUGCUGGUUCACUGGAGUGGGGGGCCCAUUCAACUAUGUGAUAUUAAGGAUUUGACGUGCCUAUCUUCAAUUUCCCCACUAACUCCUUGAGUAUUGGCAUUAGGAGACUGUGAGUAGGUGAAUGCUUUAACUUAUGUAUGGAUAAUUUUCAUUUAUUUCAUUGUUUGUUUCACAUCAGACCACCCAGUGUUUUGUGUUUUUUGUGUUAUGUUUUGUACAAAUGAGGAAAAAUGUGAGUAAAAUGUGAUUGAUAAGAAGAAGAAAAAAACACACAAAGGGAAGAGACAGAUGGGGUUGACCAGCAAACCAGAAAUACAGUGUUCAGACAAAAUAUAAAAAAUAA